CGCAAGUUGCUGAAAAGGACAUUGAUUUUCUCAGCAUAAAACUGAUUUGAACCAAUGACGAACCACUUACUUUGUUAAUGAAAGAGUAAGAUAACUUGCAUUUCACUGUAGAACUUCUGACGGAGCGGUCUUUGUGAAACAAGCGUCCAGCGUAAUGACACAUAUGUUUAUUACGAAUGAGCUCAUGAAUUUCAAAUGACUUUUAGCUUUUGAAGGAAUGAGAGCGUUACAAAUACAUAAUUAGAGUACCAGAGACGAGUUGGACAUGGAAAGACUUCGCAUUACAGGCCAGAGUUCUAACGAAAAUGAAGCAGAAGUGGUGGCAGUCAAGAACAGAGAUGACAAGUUCUGUCAUGAAAGGAUCGAUUGGAACGCUGUAAACAGAGGGCCAAGGAUUGUUAUAAAUGUUUCUGGGCAGCGAUACGAGACUUACGAAAAGACGCUUGAAUUAUUUCCUGAUUCACUUCUUGGGGAUAAAGAAAGAAGAAAGGACUUUUACGAUCCUGUUAAUAAUGAAUUCUUUUUUGACCGUAACCGUAUUUGCUUCGAGUCGAUACUAGCUUACUAUCAAACAAACGGAAUUCUUAUUAUGCCGCCAAGUAUUCCACGGAAGGUAUUUCUAAGCGAUGUUCGCUUCUUUGAUCUCGGACAAAAGGCUUUGCUUCAAGCUGGUGAAGGACUGGAACAGCCUGUCGAACAAAAUAAACGACUCUUACCAAAGAACAAAAUACAGAGAAAAGUAUGGGAGUUGUUUGAACAUCCAGACACUUCGAAUUUCGCACGAGGAAUCGCCAUUUGGUCCGUUUGUAUAAUUAUAUUAUCAAUAGCUCUUUUCUGCGUAGAGACUUUGCCGCAGUUUCAGGAGGAGCCAUCCAAAACAAUUAAUGGCACAGUCAUUUCGUUUGCAUCGAAAAAGAAAACAGAUAACCCAUUCUUCCUCAUUGAAGCAUUUUGCAUCACCUGGUUUACAUUAGAGUAUGUAAUUCGUUUUAUUUUUAGCCCAAACAAGUGGAAAUUCUUUAUUUCAGUGUUAAAUAUGAUUGACUUGGUUUCCAUUAUACCGUUCUAUAUAACUUUGCCCAUGGAGGAUUCAGGUAACGUUUCGUCACUCGCAGUUCUUCGCUCCGUCCGUCUCGUGCGAGUCUUUCGGAUUUUCAAACUGUCGCGUUACUCGCGUGGACUUCAAAUUCUGGGACACACUCUGAGGGCGAGCUUGAGAGAGCUAGGCCUUCUGUUCUUCUUCCUCUGUAUGGGAGUUGUUCUGUUCUCCAGUGCUGUCUACUAUGCAGAAAUCAGCAAUGAGGAUGAAAAUGAUUUCCUGAGCAUUCCUCAUUCAUUUUGGUGGGCGAUUAUAACCAUGACUACUGUGGGCUAUGGAGACAUAACACCCAAGACUCUCGGUGGGAAGUUAGUUGGCUGUUUCUGUGCCAUCACAGGUGUAUUAGCCAUUGCUUUACCAGUGCCAGUCAUAGUCUCGAACUUCGCUUACUACUACUCCAAAGAGAAUGAUGGAAGUCAUUCAAACAUGAAUGAUGAGGAUGAAGACGACGAAUUAGAACAGGAAGAUGAGCCAGUGAACAAAGACGACAAAAAAGUAAAGAAAAAAAUCUCAUUCAAUUGUACUGCAAAAAAAUGUCGAAAACAUAGAGGCAAUGAUACAAUACAAAUAAAGAGAAAACGAAAAUGUGGAACGGUGAAUUAUCCUGACACGAUGUAUAAUGCAAUAGAUUCGAACGCAAACAAGGAUCAUCAAAAUGGAUUGGCAAACGCUAAUUCAGUUAGGGACAAAAACGAUCAACAAAGCCACGAAGAGAAGACUUCUAUGUCGCAGGUGGAGACAAUCGUCUAAACACAUUCAGGAAUAAAGGAAAUGCCUUACAUAACGAUAUAUGGCAAGAGAGACAUCACAUGUCCAGUCGGCCCACAGUUACCUGGCUGAAUACCACAAUGAGGUUGAUAUGACGGCCAACUCUGUUUUCCUUAGUAAGCGCAUCUAUCCAUACAGGGUUUUCCAUAAGUGGCAGUAGUCAGUAUGACCACAAAAGGGCCGCUCAAAUCUUCCCAGUGAAAUCAUAGCAGAUGGUGGUAAGAAAUCUUUUGAGGCCUUAUCAACGGCGGUUUUAACCGAACUUUAUUGAGACCCAUUUUUCUCUCUCCUUGUCGAGGAAGUGUUAUUCGGAUGAUAACAAUAGAAAAUUUCAGCUCAGGUACAACCAGCUGUGACCAUUUUCCGUUUACUAAAGACUUUCGUUCUUCGUUGUCUUCCAGAAGAGCUUAUAAAGGAGAAAGACGUGUUUUCCUUUAAUUAACACGGUUUACCGUAAUCAAGACUAUGCGCGAAACACAAAAGAUUUGUUUAAAUUUUUGUUAAAAUUUCCGUUGUGUAGAUAGAAGUUAGGUUUCGGGAGAGGUGAUGGCAAAAAACAAGACGAGAGUUUUUCCUGCUUGGCCGGUGGCUUUAGAACUUUGAACUGCAAGGCAUUGCAAAUCAUGCCGCUUAGUCUUUUGUGUUUGACAUGUCAAACAAAUAAAUACCGAACUACCACAAACCUGUUUCAGUUACGUGAAGUUAAACCUUAUGAUUUGCUCCUUCCUUACACUAUUAAUGUUUGCCUCCAUUAGGAAACAACCUACCCAAUUCUUUGAUAAUUUGGUCACAGUUAAAAUUGCCACCAUAGAUAAUUUCUUUAGCUGACAUAUAUAAUGUGCGUCGUCUGAGCGAAUUUCUGUGGCAUCGUAAUCUUUGCAUGCGUUAACUUUUCAUUUGUUAUUUUCUCUGUCAACUGCAGCAAA